AUGAGCCGAGAACAGAUCAUCCCAAGCCACGAUCCACGCACGGAUGCCCUCAACUUCGUGACCAACCAGGGCCGGUAUACCCUCAGGGUAGAACAAUUCAUCGAAGCCGGCAGACCAGACGGUACCGAGACUCAUGGCGCCCCUGCAACGCGCUAUAUCACGUCCAAUGGACAAGUAAUAGACGCGCCUGCGAUCAAGGGCAUUUCGGGUCACGUUAUCGGCUCGGGGCAAACGUUUACUAUUCGUGAUGACUAUGACUUUGCCAACGCCGCUAAUGGGAAGGGGUACCAUGUGAAUGCACAGCUGGGCAAGACGACGGUGGCCUUUACCUCGGGCGUGAAUAGUCCCCAGGCAUAUUAUGAUCGGACGAAUAUGACUGGGGAGAGGUUGUAUUAUGAUGGGAUGCAGGCUGCUGCCUCAUGGUAUACGCAGGGUCAUUCAGGCUGA